GACACAACAAGAAGCUGUCCGAGGCUGGAGGACCACAGCCUUGGCCGCGGCAUCUGCAGCUUCGUUCCCAGGGAUACCGACAUGGCCAGGAACCCACAUAAAGCUAACCGGCGGACCGACGUCCACCAGCCGCUGAAGAGAGCAUUGGAUCCGGUGUACGAAAGGGUGAACCGGGUACGGAUCACUGAGGCUCUGGAUGGCGCUCAGGGAAUCUGAGCAGAUGGCAUAAGCAGAAUGUCGGUGGCGGCAGAUGUAAAGAACAGCCUGGUAGAGGGCAAAGAGCUCAGCUGUGAAGACCGAACAAUGGUCAUGGAGCCGGUAUUGGAAACUUUGUGCCCCGACUAUAAAGGAACACCCGACCCCGUCAUUGGUCUUAGAGCCAUCUGUAUAAAUGAAAGUCAUGGUGAUGAACUUCGAACGAAGUUCCAAAAAACGGGAGUGGUAGACCGAACUGGGGGUGACCUCUUUUGGGAGCGAGCUGAGGUCAAGGUGAACGCGGACCUGAGCCUGGAGCCAAGGUGGCGUGUGGCUCUCGCCCACUCGAAAGGUUGCAGGGAGUGAAAAAUAAAGGUGUUGAAGGAGGCGACGAAAGCGAACUCCAGGGGGUAGCAGGGCAGAGAC